GAACCAGUCUCUCUCUCUCGCUCGCUCUCGUGAUUCUUCUGAUUGUUGGCGUUAUUUUUCUUUGGUGUGUCGAUUGCUCCCCAGUUGAUCUUUUUAAGCCGAGAUACCAGGAGGCCAUCUCUCUCUCUCCUCUCUGAGUUCUGCGCGUUAUUUAAUUUGGGGUGUCAUUUGUUGUCCGUUUCAUUUCUUCCUCUCUUUUCUUACCGGAGGUCUAUUUUCUUAUCUAUUUCAUCGCCCCCUCUGUCUCAGUCUGCGUGUCUACCUCUGCCAUUGAUAGAAAGUAUCGCUUUCCACAUGGACGAAGAAAAAGGAGCAAUCGACAAAGAAAAAGGAGUCUGGUGACCCCCGUUUCUCUCUCUCUCUGGCUCUCUAAAGGCAUAUUUUUGGAGUAGUGAUACAGCGGGAAGGAGAGACAGAGAGAAGGUCGAAGUGUAAACAACAAUCAGCAGCGGGAAGGGGCAUGGAGGAUCAGAAGAGUCCCUCCUUCCUUCCAGCAUCCAAGGUCAAGGGCCUCCGCUUCGGCGGCCAGCUCCUCAUCAAGAACUUCACCAUCCGCCGCGCCUCUCCUCCCCAACUCCUCCGCCUCCUCCCCUCCGCCGCCGCCGCCGCUGCCGCCGUGUCCACCACCGGUUCCUCCUCCUCCCCUUUUUCCUCCACGGCCGCUUACCUGCCCACCAACUUCACCAUCCUCGCCCACCACGCCCUCCACACCCUUACCCUCGGCCUCGGUACCAAGAAGUCCAAGGUCGUCAUCUUCGUCUUCGAGUCCGGCGCCCUCAGGGCCGGCGUCGAGCGGUCGUGGCCGUCGGAGAUCGCGCUGGGGGAGGUCAACCGCCGGCUCAUCCGCGGGCUCGCCGGGUUCGAGAUGGCGCGGUUCAAGUUUAGGAAAGGUUGCAUUACUUUCUACGUCUACGCCGUGAGGCGGGCGGGAAGCGCCGGCUUCUCCAGCGGCGAGGAGCUCAGAAGGGUCGUCCAGGCCGUCGCCUCCCUCAACGACUUCUUGGACCAUACCGCCAUGCUCGCCAUGCCUCAUCAGAAGAGCCUAUCUCACAUCCCCUCCGUCCGCCUUACCACCAUGGCUCACUAAUCUCUCUCUCUCUCUCUCUGACUCUUUUUUUAUCUCUCAAUUUGUUUUAUUUUAUUUCUCAUUUCAUCUCUCACUCUCUCUCUGUGAAUUGAGGGGCGUGGUGUACAGAUGGGCCUUGCCGUGUUCGUUUCUCUCAGUCCUUGGACAUUAAUUUUGCAAAAACGAUACUUUAUGAUUUUGGUUUUCUUAUUUCUCUCUCUCUCUCUCUCUCUCUUGACUGAGAGGUAUGAUGUACAGUUGGCCGGGUUCUGAUUAGUGACUGCAGUGGUGAGUCUCUCUCUUGUAUUUUCUUUUGGAGUUUUUGUGUGAGAAGUUAUUGUUUUCCUUUAAACUUGAGAGUGUGUAUUGUAGUGUUGAAAUUUUUUAUGAGGCUAAACAAAAAUGGGUAUUUCAUCUU